ACAAUCUUACGUUAGGUGCACCUUCCAAACCCUUGCUAGCAAGCCCUUGCUACUUAGCUAGAACUCCUCGGUGCUGAUCAAUGGCGGCGGUGAAAUUGGAGGAAGUGAGAAGGGCACAGCGGGCGGUGGGUCUGGCGACCGUGCUGGCAAUCGGCACGGCCGUCCCGGCCAACUGCAUGUACCAGGCCACCUACCCGGACUACUAUUUCAGAGUCACCAAGAGCGAGCACCUCCCGGACCUCAAGGAGAAGUUCGAGAGGAUGUGCGAGAAGUCCACGAUCAGGAAGAGGCACAUGCACCUCACCGAAGAGAUCCUGACAAAGAACCCUAGCAUCUGCUCCCACAUGGAGCCGUCGCUGGACACGCGCCACGACAUUGUCGUCGUGGAGGUGCCCAAACUUGGGAAAGAGGCGGCAGAGAGGGCCAUCAAGGAGUGGGGCCAACCGCAGUCAAAGAUCACCCACGUUGUCUUCUGCACCACCUCCGGCGUGGACAUGCCAGGUGCCGACUACCAGUUGACGAGGCUGCUCGGCCUCUCGCCGACGGUCAAACGCCUCAUGAUGUACCAGCAAGGCUGCUUUGGUGGUGCCACGGUGCUCCGCAUGGCCAAAGACAUCGCCGAGAACAACCGCGACGCACGUGUGCUGGUGGUCUGCUCGGAGAUCACCGCCAUGGCAUUCCGUGGCCCCUCCAAGUCCCAUUUGGAUUCGUUGGUCGGACAUGCGCUCUUUGGCGAUGGCGCGGCCGCUGCCAUCAUCGGAGCUGACCCCGACGUGCCCUUCGAGAAGCCACUCUUCCAGCUGGUAUCAGCGAGCCAGACCAUCCUGCCCGACUCCGAGGGUGCCAUCAACGGCCACCUUACGGAGGCAGGGCUCACCAUCCACCUUCUCAAGGACGUGCCCGGGCUCAUCUCCAAGAACAUCGAGCAGGCGCUCGAGGACGCAUUCAAGCCUCUGGGCAUCCACGGCUGGAACUCCAUCUUCUGGAUUGCACACCCUGGCGGGCCGGCGAUCCUGGACAUGGUUGAGGAGAAAGUUGGCCUUGACAAGGAACGCAUGCGCGCGAGCCGAGAGGUCCUGUCGGAGUACGGCAAUAUGUCCAGCGCAUGUGUCCUCUUCGUCCUCGACGUGAUGCGUAAGACCUCUUCCCAGGAUGGCCAAGCAACCACUGGAGAGGGUAAGGAGUGGGGUGUCCUCUUCGGCUUUGGCCCCGGCCUCACCGUCGAGACACUCGUCCUCUACAGCGUCCCAUUGGCAACCAUUGCAUGAUCGAUCAGCAAACCACACUUUAUUAUUUAUUCGCCAACAACAUAAAAUCACCAGUACUACAAGUGGUUACGAGAGCGACGGUGUGAUGGCUGUUCUGAGUUUCCUUUAUCCCUGGUUUUUCACUUUUUGUUGUGUUUCUGCUGUAAGAAUUGAUAUGCGU